UAUCAUCCAUUUGAUUCUAAUAGAUAUCAUCCAUUUAAUUCUUAUAAAAAUCACUCAUUUAAUUCUUAUAAAUAUCAUCCAUUUGAUUCUGAUAAAUAUCACCCAUUUGAUUCUUAUAAAUAUCACUCAUUUAAUUCUUAUAAAUAUCACUCAUUUAAUUCUUAUAAAUAUCAUCCAUUUGAUUCUAUUGAAUAUCACCCAUUUAAUUCUUAUAAAUAUCAUCCAUUUAAUUCUAAUAAAUAUCACCCAUUUAAUUCUUAUAAAUAUCAUCCAUUUAAUUCUUAUAAAUAUCACCCUUUUAAUUCUUAUAAAUAUCAUCCAUUUGAUUCUUAUAAAUAUCACCCAUUUGAUUCUAAUAAAUAUCAUCCAUUUAAUUCUUAUAAAUAUCACCCAUUUAAUUCUUAUAAAUAUCACCCAUUUAAUUCUUAUAAAUAUCACCCAUUUGAUUCUUAUAAAUAUCAUCCAUUUGAUUCUGAUAAAUAUUACCCAUUUAAUUCUUAUAAAUAUCAUCCAUUUGAUUCUAAUAAAUAUCACCCAUUUAAUUCUUAUAAAUAUCACCCAUUUAAUUCUUAUAAAUAUCACCCAUUUAAUUCUUAUAAAUAUCAUCCAUUUGAUUCUGAUGAAUAUCACCCAUUUGAUUCUUAUAAAUAUCACCCAUUUGAUUCUUAUAAAUAUCAUCCAUUUGAUUCUAAUAAAUAUCAUCCAUUUGAUUCUAAUAAAUAUCAUCCAUUUAAUUCUAAUAAAUAUCAUCCAUUUGAUUCUAAUAAAUAUCAUCCAUUUAAUUCUUAUAAAUAUCACCCAUUUAAUUCUUAUAAAUAUCACCCAUUUAAUUCUGAUAAAUAUCACCCAUUUAAUUCUUAUAAAUAUCAUCCAUUUGAUUCUGAUGAAUAUCACCCAUUUAAUUCUUAUAAAUAUCAACCAUUUGAUUCUGAUAAAUAUCACCCAUUGGAUUCUAAUAAAUAUCACCCAUUGAAUUCUAAGUUAUAUGAACAGUACUUUUUAAUACGCCCAUGCCCACAUGAAAUGGGGUGUGUAUAUUUCCGUCACCCAUGUCCGUCCGUCCGUCCACAAUUGCUCGUAAACACUCUAGAAGGCUCAAUUCUUGAUGGAUUCUGA